GCUAAGACCGAUUAUGGGCAGCCAUGAAACUAAUCCCCCAUCUUUCAUACUGUAUUUAACUACCAAAUUCAAGCCAUUUCAGUUAUCAUACCCAAAAACAGAAAAAAGCAAAAAAAAAGAAACUAGUUCAAUUCCCUUAAUUCCAAAUUCAAUUCCAUCAUCAUCUCCCACUCUCCCAACUCCUCCAUAGCUAUGGAGAUCUUUCAGAAAGCGAAGGCGGUCCGGCUGAGGAGCCACCUGAACAAGUACUUAGUGGCGGACGACGAUCAGCAGCACACGCGCCAGAGCCGCAGAGGCGGCGCGUCGAAGAAAGGCCGGUGGUACGUAGAGUUUGUGGAGGGAAACAGCCACCUGAUUCGCCUCAGGAGCUGCCACGGCCGCUACCUGAUGGCCUCCGACGUCCCGCUGCUCCUCGGCAUGACCGGAAACAGGGUGCUAUUAACAGAACAGCAAAACGUGAAAGAUCUGCGAAUUGAGUGGCAGCCUGUCAAGGAUGGAUUUCAGGUGAAAUUGAGGAGUUACGGCGGAACGUUUUUGCGGGCGAACGGCGGGACGCCGCCGUGGAGGAACUCUGUAACGCAUGAUAAUCCUCAUACAGCUUCGACGAACAACUGGAUUUUGUGGGACGUGGAGGCGGCUGAGGUGCCGGAAAAUGAAAUAUUGACGGAUUCCUUUUCCAAUGCUUCUAGCUUUUCAUCGCUCUCUGAUGAAUUUCCUGAUUUGGAUACGAAUUCGCCGGUUUCCGUACAGUCAAGUUUUUCAACUAAGACGCCUUCAGUCACGCUACCAGCAAUGGAGCUCUUCCACCGGGCCAAGACUGUCCGUCUCCGGAGCCACCACGACAAGUACUUGACCGCCGACGAGGACGAAGAGUCGGUGACUCAAGACAGGAACGGCACCUCCCCGAACGCGCGUUGGACGGUGGAAAUCCCGGAAAACACGGACAACGUCAUCCGCUUGAAGAGCUGUUACGGGAAGUACUUGACCGCCUCAAACCACCCGUUCCUGCUCGGCAUGACUGGCCGGAAAGUGCUGCAGACUCUGCCCGGCCGCCUCGAUUCCUCUUUGGAGUGGGAACCUAUUAGGGAGGGAAAACAUGUGAAGUUCAAGACAAGGUACGGGCAGUUUCUCAGAGCUAAUGGAGGUUUGCCGCCGUGGAGAAACUCCGUCACUCACGACAUCCCGCAUAGGACGGCCACACAGGAUUGGAUUGUCUGGGAUGUUCAUGUUGUGGAUAUUCUGCUAUUAUCCCCUGUUCUGAAACCGGCGCCUCCCUUGGUUAUUCAUUCAGAUUCAUUCGCUUCCGAAUCCGAUUCUCCUUCAACAGCUUCAAAUACUUCUCAGAGCUUUUCCGGUAGAGAGUCCGGCGAUUCAUUGGAUAACAUAGCAAAAAUGGUAGGAGAUGGGAGGCUAAUUUUUUAUCGUAUUGCGGGUGAUCAUGGGGAGAUUGAUGAAGGGGUAGAGGAGCUUUGCAUGCCUUUUAAGGGGAACAGCGUGGCUGAGUUGAAGAAGAGAUUGGAGGAAGAGACUAAUCUGGAUGACAUUGUUGUUUGCACUCGAAGCGUCUUGAAUGGGAAGCUUUAUCCCCUUCGGUUGCAUCUCCCCCCAAACAAUGCAGACAUGGCUGUUGUCAUUGUCCCGUCAUCUUCUAAAGUGGCAAAAGAUUUUGCAGCAGCAGCAACAACGCCAUUCUAGAGCAACCAAAUUUGAAAUGGCUGGGGGGUUAAUUAUUUGAAGUGGGCUUUGCAGUUCUGUUGGUCUAUGAGAAGUAUUUGUAAAUACCUUCACAUGGUGAAGUUAGGGUGUAAUAUUUAAUUCUUUUUUUUUUUUGUUAUUUUCGUAUUAAUAAAUGGCCUAAAAAUCCAGCA